AUGGCUACUGUUCUCCCGAAGUUUUCUGAUUUGUAUAGUUUGAAAGAAGAAGUAGGGCGUGGGGCAUUCUCAAUUGUUCGAAAAUGCAUUCAGCUCUCAACAGGUUUAGAAUUUGCCGCUAAGAUCAUAAAUACAAAACGUCUGUCAACCAGAGACAUGCAGAAGUUGGAACGCGAGGCCAGAAUAUGCAGGCUUCUGAAGCACCCUAACAUAGUUCGCCUAUACGAUGACAUUCAGGACGAAGGGUUUCACUACCUCGUAUUUGAUUUGGUAACUGGUGGUGAACUCUUCGAGGACAUUGUUGCUCGAGAAUUCUACAGUGAAGCGGAUGCUAGUAACUGUAUGCAGCAAAUUAUUGAAAGUGUGAAUUAUUGUCAUCAGAAUAAUAUUGUACAUCGAGAUUUAAAGCCAGAAAAUUUGUUGCUUGCUAGUAAAUCCAAGGGGGCUGCAGUGAAACUAGCGGAUUUCGGUCUGGCGAUAGAAGUUCAGGGUGAUCAACCAGCUUGGUUUGGUUUUGCUGGCACUCCCGGUUAUCUUUCUCCAGAGGUUUUGCGUAAAGAACCAUAUGGUAAAGCGGUAGACGUCUGGGCUUGCGGUGUUAUUCUUUACAUCCUUCUUGUUGGAUAUCCACCAUUCUGGGACGAAGAUCAAAAUCGAUUGUACAGUCAAAUCAAAUCGGGAGCAUAUGAUUAUCCUUCACCAGAAUGGGAUACAGUUACCCCUGA